AUGUCCCCCCUGCAGUGUCCUCGGCCAUCUCCUCCGGCCGAUGCUGGCAUUCAUCUCCCGGGUUCCAGUCCCUGCGAGCGUCAGGACAUACGGGGUGUAUGGGGGACAGAACCGGCGGGAAAUUCAAAAAUGUAAAAUAAAAUCAUAUAGUAAAACAUUACUGUAUCAAACCAUUUCACAUACAUUUUGUCCCUAGUGCUUUGUCCUGUGCCCUGCCUGCAUUUUUACUGUUCUUUCUGCCUGGAAACUGAGAAAUGUCCAUGGUGUCCAAAAAGAGUCCCUUUAGGUCAAAAGCGGUUUUAGACCAACUAGAAAACAGCGAUAGUAAAUCAGAACCACUUGCAGAAUUGA